AUGAUUUCUACAAUUCUUCGAGACCAAGAACUGUGGGCGAUGACGAACGAUUCAUGGACCAACUCGAGUCGCGGUGGAAACGAGACGGGUACCAGGAACCAGACCGGCGUGAACCCCCUGAAGCGGAACGAGGAGGUGGCCAAAGUGGAGGUGACCGUUCUUGUCCUCGUCCUGCUGCUCGCGUUGGCCGGUAACCUUUGCGUCCUCUUGGCUAUACAUACCAGCAAGCACAGCCACUCUCGAAUGUACUACUUCAUGAAACACCUCAGUAUUGCGGACCUGGUGGUGGCAAUCUUCCAGGUCCUCCCGCAGCUCAUAUGGGACAUUACAUUUCGCUUCUACGGGUCUGAUUUACUGUGCAGGCUGGUGAAGUACCUACAGGUUGUCGGGAUGUUCGCGUCCACCUACAUGCUUGUUCUAAUGUCCAUAGACAGAUGCAUGGCGAUAUGUCAGCCCCUCCGCUCUCUGCACAAGAGGAAGGACUGUCUUUAUGUGAUUGCUUCUUGGAUGCUUAGUCUGGUUUUCAGUACCCCUCAAGUGUACAUAUUUUCCUUGAGGGAGGUGGGCAACGGAGUUUAUGACUGUUGGGGAGACUUCGUAGAACCCUGGGGCGCCAAGGCGUACAUUACAUGGAUUAGUCUUACAAUCUACAUCAUUCCAGUGGCUAUUUUAAGUAUUUGCUAUGGCCUGAUAAGUUUUAAAAUAUGGCAAAACUUUAAAAUGAAAACCAGACGCGAUCAGUGUAUGUCUCUGACACCGCGUACGUCCAAAGGUGCAGCGCUCUCUCGGGUGAGCAGCGUGAGGCUCAUAUCAAAAGCGAAGAUCCGGACUGUCAAAAUGACUUUUGUCAUUGUCGUAGCUUAUAUUGUUUGUUGGACUCCUUUUUUCUUCGUACAAAUGUGGUCGGCAUGGGACCCUGCUGCACCCAGAGAAGACAUGGCGUUCAUCAUUGCCAUGCUGCUGGCCAGUCUGAACAGCUGCUGUAACCCAUGGAUCUAUAUGUUCUUCGCUGGCCACCUGUUCCAUGACCUGAUGAGGUGCUUCAUCUGCUGCUCCUCACAGUACCUGAAGGCCUCGCAGUGCGGAGGGUGUGACCGCCAGCAGAGCCGCAGGAGCAUCUCCACCUCCACCUUCGUCAUCAAGAACCAUAGUAGUCAGAGGAGCAUCACUCAGACCACCAGCACAUGAGGAGUGAGGACCAUGGAGGAGAUGAGUUGGGGUGGGACAGGAACUCACUACUCCCGAAUGCCCUUCUUCAUAUCAGUCAAAGAGGGGGUUGCAUGGUGAAGACUUAGAUCUUCACCAUGCAAUGCUUAUCGAUGGGGU